GUUUUCUUAUUCUCUCUACUUUUCCACCUAUGUUUCUCUGACACUCACGCUCUCACAUACAUACUUUCACAGGCACACCCUCUUACACUCUUAUACUUGUGCAUUUGGGUUUGUGGGUGCGAGUAUGCGUGUGUGUAUGAGUGUGUAUAAUGAGUGUGUGCGAGUUUGUGUGGCUGUUUACAUGUACAUUUCGCGUACCUAUAUGUGAGUACAAAUGUAUAUAAGUGAAAGUCGGAGUGGGGAUAUACCGCAUAAUCUGAAUACCGGGUAGCCUACCUAUAAAUAUAAUAUUAGGACCAGCGCACUGUCAGUGUUUUUUUUUUCCAUGUUAGUCACCACAUAAUGUUCGGUUGUAUUGAUGUGGUUGUUGACUUCAGGUUUAUCUAGAUUGUUUGGAAUAUCGAAGCUGAAUAAUGUCUUCGGCAGCAAGGUCUUUAACACUGUCAUGUUGAAACGUCAAUGUAGGGACAUCAAUGAAUCCAUCUUUUGGUUGUAUUUCAGAGACUUUUCAUCCUUCGACAACAACUCCAAGACCUGUUGUACCAGCGGUCUCAGUUUCAAGCGAAGCAAUGUGCGCUGCUUGGGGCCGAAACCAUUACAGAACGUUUGACAACAAGGUUUACAGUUUCGAUGGCAACUGCCGCUAUGUUCUAGUGCACGCACCAAACGUCUUUGAGAUUAUGCUCGUUAACGACCCAAACUGCGGCAACGGAGGUACUUGUGAGCGCCAGGUAGAAAUUUAUCAAGGAGGCGUCGAGAUAGCUCUACGCAAAACCAAUGGAGCAAUGGGGAUUGUUUGGAACAAACAGAGCCUGUCUUUUCCGGGGUCCCGAGAUGGAACAGUGUUCGAAAAAGUCGGGAACUACCUGACUUUCAGAAGCUCUUUGGGUUACAGCAUCAAGUGGGAUGGAAAGCUGGCUGUGUUUUUACAGAUAUCUGAUGAGCUCAAAGGCAAAAUCAGGGGUCUCUGUGGCAAGUAUAAUGGAAAUCCCACAGAUGAUCUGGAGACAGAAGCUGGACAACUUGUGACUUCUACUGCUACUUUUGCCAACAGUUGGAGGAAGACAGGAAUAGAUGCUGCCCAAUCCUGUCCUGAUGCAGUCCAGAGGACAGGUUGCCCCGUCGGGGAUGCCCAGGCAACAAGUAAAUGUGGUGACAUUUUGAAUGAUGUAGCCUUCACAGCUUGCCAUCAGAGUGUUGAUCCAAAACCUUACUACGACUCUUGCAAGACUGAUUGUUGCAGUGAUGGUUCUGGCUCCUGCAACUGUGAUGCCCUUGAGGCUUACUCAAGAGCUUGCUCUGACAAAGGAGUGAAAUUGUCUUGGCGAAAGUCUGGUCGCUGUGAGAUUGGAUGCACAGGUGGAAUGGUGUACAAAGAAUGUGGCAGUCCAUGUGUCCGUGACUGCUCCAGCACUAAUGCUGUAUGCUCAGACAACACCUGUAUUGAUGGCUGCUUCUGUCCAGAUGGACAAGUUUCUCACAAUGGACAGUGCAUUCCAUCUGCCCAAUGCCCUUGUCAGCACAAUGGACAGGACUACCAGCAGGGUGCUACAAUCCCACAGCUGUGCAAUACAUGCACAUGCACGUCAGGGACUUGGGACUGUACUCGCAAAAGCUGUGACAAAACUUGCUCAGCCACUGGUGACCCCCACUACCAAACAUUUGAUGGGAAACGCUACAAUUUCAUGGGCAACUGCUCCUACUACCUGAUGAAGGACACUGGCUUCAGCAUCAUCACUGACAACAUUAAAUGUGGACAUGGAGAGGCUUCAUGCACCAAAUCUAUAAGUGUUGAAAUAAACGGGUUGAGCAUCAAGCUGGAUCAUAACCACCAUUUGUUUAUCAAUGGACGUGAGGUGACAACACUGCCAUAUGAAGCACCUGAUGUCAAAGUCUCUAUGGUGUCAUCUCUUUUCAUGCAGGCUGUUCUCAGUAAUGGAAUCACAAUUCUGUGGGAUGGCAGAACUAGAGCCUAUAUCAAGGCUCCGUCAACCUUCAUGGGAAAAACAAUUGGGAUGUGUGGCACAUUUGAUGGGAAUCAAGCCAAUGAUUUCAAGACUCUUCAAGGAAAUGUAGAGACCAUUCCCAAUGCAUUUGGCAACCGAUGGAAAACAGAAACCUCCUGCAGAGACAUGCCUACAACUGUGGAACCUGAUCCGUGUGACGUCAACUCCCAGAGGAAAGCCCAGGCCACCGCUCUUUGUGACAAGCUGAAAAGCGACGUUUUUAAAGCUUGUCAGAACAUUGAGGAUGUACAACCAUAUUAUGAUGAUUGCGUCUAUGACUUGUGUGCCUGCUCCGACAACAUGAAAGACUGCAUGUGUCCAAACAUUGGAAGCUAUGCAGAUGCUUGUGCUGCCAAAGGGGUCAAAAUUAACUGGCGCCUGCAGAUCUCUGAGUGCAUGCUGGCUUGUACAGAUGGUCAAGAGUACCAGGUCUGUUCCAAACCAUGUGAGCGAACUUGCAGGGAUAUCGCUUUAAAUGAUGACCCACUGUGUAACCAGAAAUGCGUAGAGGGCUGCAAUUGUCCAGUAGGGCUGACACUCAAUGAUGCAAAUGAGUGCAUCCCCGUCUCCCAGUGUCCUUGCAUUUUUGAUGACCGUGAAUACCCUGCUGGCUACACAACAUUAAGAGAUACUGAAAUCUGUGUCUGUGACGGAGGCCAGUUUGUCUGCUCAAAAAUCAGCACUGCAAGAGUCCUGCCAACAUCGAUCACCUCAAUUUGCCCCACUAACACUGAGUAUUCAGACUGUGCAUCCAAUUGUCCAGUAACGUGCGAGAACAUGCACAACCCACCAACAUGUAGCCAGGAUGGAUGCAAAAAAGGAUGUGAAUGCCUUCCUGGUUUCGUGAAAGAUGGCGACCAAUGUGUGAAUGCAACCAUGUGCCCGUGUCGCCAUGCUGGCAAGUCUUACUAUGAGGGAGAGUCGUACACUCAAGAUUGCAAUGAAUGUGUUUGCUUGUCUCGCAAAUGGAGCUGCUCACAGAACUCUUGCCCAGCCACUUGCAAUGCCUAUGGAGAUUCACAUUACACCACAUUUGAUGGUCGUCACUACGAAUUCCAAGGAGCCUGUGAUUAUGUUCUGGUGCAGUCCACAAAAGAUAGUCCCUAUAACUUCAUCAUUACAACACGGAACAGCCAGUGUGGAACGUCUGGUGUAACCUGUUUCAAGCAGCUGGAAUUCAUUGUUGGGAAAGAGGGUACAACAGAUUUCUACAAACUGCAGCUCAUCAAAGGUCAGUCAGUAAAACCAGAUCCAGGUUCUCCAUUUGAAGUGAAAGAAGUAGGAGACAUGAUAUACAUCAGUACUCCUUUUGGAGUCACACUCCAGUGGGACAAGGGCACACGAGUGUAUGUGAAAGUUUCGACAGAUCACAUUCAAUUGGUUGAGGGUCUGUGUGGUAAUUUCAACUUUGACCAGACAGAUGACUUCACACUGAGGCAAGGAGGUCCUCCCGUAGUCAAAGCCACUGAGUUCGGAGACAGCUGGAAAGUGCAAUCUUCAUGUGCACCCUCACAAGAAAUUCAAGAUACUUGUCAAAGUUCUCCACAAAGGAAAGCUUGGGCUCAAGCAAAAUGCUCUGUGAUGAACUCUGAUUUGUUUGAGCCUUGUCACAGUUUUGUCGAUCAAACACAGUUUGUGAAAAGAUGUGAAUAUGAUGCCUGCGCAUGUGACUUCGGGGGUGACUGUGAAUGCCUUUGCACAGCCAUUGCAGCAUAUGCUCAUGAAUGUGCUGUCAACGGAGUUCCCAUCAAUUGGAGAAGCAAUGAUUUGUGUGCUAUUCAGUGUGAAGACUGUGAGACCUACAAUCCUUGUAUUUCUAUGUGCCCGAAGAAAACAUGUGAAAAUCGUCUUGUGUACAGCCAAAUUCAGAAAGACUGUGAGGACACCCAAGGACUUUGCUUUGAAGGCUGUGACCUCCAUCCAUGUCCCCCAGGGCAGGUUUAUGAUUCAUUGGUUGAACCCAUUACCUGCAUCCCUGAGGCACUGUGUGACACCACUGCUUGUGAAAUAAAUGGAAAGAAGUACAGAGAAGGGGAAAACGUGGAAGAUGACAGUGUUUGCAGAACAGAGUGUGAAAUCUGCUUAUGUCGCAAUGGCCAGCUGGAACAUAUUGCAUUUGGCCAGUGUGAACCCAUACCUCCUGGCUCCAAAACACCAGGGCUUCCAAUUGGUCCAACAACAGCUGAAGCAGUGAGAACCACAGCUGGAGCAUCAGCAAGCACAACCCCCAUAAACGUUACCCCCAAAGUGUGUGAUGAACUGUUGGGAAUGUUCAGCCCAGACGUAGCUGGAAAUGACCAGUUUUCAUCCUCGACUUCGCAAAGCGUUGCAUUUGAAGCUCAUCAAGCUCGAUUGUUCAACACACACUCAGGGCCAGCCAAUGGGGGAGCAUGGGUACCAAGGCAAUCGGAUACAGGUCCCUAUAUAACUAUUGACUUAAGGAAUCCUGAAUUCAUCACUGGUGUUGCAACACAAGGACAACCUGAUAUGCCUAACUGGGUGACCAAAUACACAGUGUCAACAACGACAGAUGGCGUCACCUUUGAGCCCUAUAAGGAUAGUAUGAGCACAGACACUAAGGUCUUUUCAGGAAAUUUUGACAGCAAUUCAAUAGUGAAGGGAUACUUUGAUCGAGAGGUGCCAACAUUUGCUGUGCGCAUUUAUCCUGUUGACUGGCAAGGCUCCAUAGCUCUCAGAUUUGAUGUUUUGUCAUGUAGUAGCUAUGCCACUACACCAGUUACUCCUCCAAAUGAUGUCACAAGUCCUGGGCCUCAACAAACAUCGCUACCUCCUGGAAAAAUGUCAACCCUGGCUCCUCCAACUCCAUUUACACUGACCCCAGAUGUUAUUUGCAACGUGCCCAUGAAUGUGGAUGUGGUUAGCCUGAUGCCAAAUAACCUGAUGACAGCAUCCAGCGAUCAAGGAACAGGAACUCUGCCCAGUGAUGGACGUAUGCAAAAUCCAGUCAACUCUUGGCAACCAGAUGACAAUGACAAAAACCCAUGGCAUCAAGUAGAUUUCCAGACAGCACAGAACUUGUCAGGUAUCUUGACUCAAGGAAGUCCAUCUUCAGAGAAGUGGGUGUACACCUUCACAGUGAGCACCAGCAAUGAUGGAAUCAACUUUGAAACCAUCAAGGAUGAUCAAGGGCAGGAGGUUACCUAUUAUGGCAACGCUGACAGGAAUACUGUGGCCAGAAACUACUUCCCCAGAGUGACUGUAGCCCGCUACGUGCGAGUGAAUCCAAAGACAUGGGCUGCAGGCGGACCUGCCUUGAGGGUGAAUUACAUCGGUUGCUUUUUCUCGGACUUCUCCACACCGAGGCCGACAGUGCCAUUUGUUCAACCACCAACUGGUCCCACAGGCAUCCCAACAGUGUCACCAACCUGGCCGUCCUCCUGGUCAUCGAUACCCACCUCCCCUACAGUGGCUCCCCCUACACCGUUUACACUGGUGCCUAAUGUUAUUUGCAACGUGCCCAUGAACGUGGAUGUGGUUAGCUUGAUGCCAAAUAGGCUGCUGACAGCAUCUAGCGAUCAAGGCACAGGAACUCUGCCCAGUGAUGGACGUAUGCAAAAUCCAGUCUACUCUUGGCAACCAGAUGACAACGACAAAGACCCAUGGCAUCAAGUAGAUUUCCAGACAGCACAGAACUUGUCAGGUAUCUUGACUCAAGGAAGCCCGUCUUCAGAGAAGUGGGUGUACACCUUCAUAGUGAGCACCAGCAAUGAUGGAAUCAACUUUGAAACCAUCAAGGAUGAUCAAGGGCAGGAGGUUACCUAUUAUGGCAACACUGACAGGAAUACCGUGGCCAGAAACUACUUCCCCAGAGUGACUGUAGCCCGCUACGUGCGAGUGAAUCCAAAGACGUGGGCUGCUGGCGGACCUGCCUUGAGGGUGAAUUACAUCGGUUGCUUUUUCUCGGACUUCUCCACACCGAGGCCGACAGUUCCAUUUGUUCAACCACCAACUGGUCCCACAGGCAUCCCAACGGUGUCGUCAACCUGGCCGUCCUCUUGGUCAUCAGUACCUUCAGUUGUGUGUGUGUCGAGGUGGUCCUCUUGGAUAAAUAACGUCUCCCCCAUUGGCAGCUCUGGUGAUUUUGAGAAGAUGUCUAAAGAUGAGUUGACGAGAUUCUGCCCAGGUGGAAACAUCACAGACAUUCAGUGUGUUGAUUCUGAUACAAAUGAUGACUCUGUCUCUUUGGCAGAGGCGACUUGCACAGUGGAAAGGGGACUGCGUUGCAUUAAUAACCCCAUUACUGGUGUUCCAUGUAGAGACUACAAGAUCCGAUAUCUUUGCAACUGUUCAGAUGCGUUCACACCAACACCCAGUGUUCAACAAUUUGGAUCUCCAACUCCCUCACCUAGUGCUGGACAGUUUGGGUCCCCAACUCCCUCACCUAGUGCUGGACAGUUUGGAUCCCCAACUCCCUCACCUAGUGCUGGACAGUUUGGAUCCCCAACUCCCUCUCCUAGUGCUGGACAGUUUGGAUCCCCAACUCCCUCUAGCGGUCCUGCAUGUCGGUACUGGUCUCCUUGGGUCAGCAAUAGUGUUCCUGAUCCUAGUGCUGGAGAGCUUGAUAUGUUUUUCCAGAAUCCAAACGUGCCAGGGGCUUGCUCUGAGAAAGAAGUUAUUGGAAUUGAGUGCCGAGAAAGAGUAAGCCGAAGGAGCCAUGAUCCCAAUGAUGAUUUGGUAGAGUGCUCCUUGCAAGGUGCAUUUGUGAUGUGCACAAACAUUCCUGGACACAUCUGUCCUGACUAUGAAGUGAGAGUUUUGUGCGAUGUUUGCUUGAGCCCCUCAUCAUCUACAUCUCUUCCUCCACCCAGUGGUAGUCCUGGUUCCACAAAACCACCGCUUCCUUGCUCAGAGGGCUGGAGUGUGCCUAUUAGCAGGGACCACGAUCCCUCUGAUGGAAUCUUUGAGGUCAUGAAACCAGAAGAAUUGGGAAACUUCUGCAUCAAUGGGCAUGUAGAUGACAUAGUUUGCGUGACUGCUGAUGGAACAAAUCGAGAAUGGUAUUCCCUUGACCUGAUCACUACAUGUGAUGUUGCCUAUGGUUUCAUAUGUGAUGCAGACAGUAACAUGGGCAAAGUCUGUGUGGAAAUGCAAGUCAAGUAUCAUUGUGCCUGUAACGCUGUGCCCAGUGUGUCAACCACUCCUGUGACUGUUGAACCUGUCAGACCUUGUGUGAAAAGCGAAUGGCUACAGUGGGUGAAUAGAGACACUCCGGACUCUGGAGAUGGGGAUCGUGAACUGAUGAGUCUUGAUGAACUGAACAAAGCUUGCGUUGGUGGGCAGAUAACUGAUAUCCAGUGCUACACUACAAGUGGGACCCCCUAUGACGUUACAGGAGAAGCAGUCACAUGCACUCUCCAGGCUGGCCUGAUAUGUCGCAAUUCCAAUUUUAGAAAUUGUCUAGAUUACAGAGUGCGAUAUCGCUGUGAAUGUAACAAUGUUCCAAGUCCAUCCCCAAGCAUGGGAUCCUUUGGAUCUCCAACACCCUCGCCUGGUGCUGGACAGUUUGGAUCCCCAACUCCCUCACCUACAAAUUGCACUGUGCAGAAUGGCUUGGAAUGUGAUGGUAACCCCACUUUCGGAUUCUACUGCCCAGACUAUAUGGUUCGAUACAAGUGUGAUUGUUCAGCUAACCCAACACCUAGUGCUGGACAGUUUGGAUCCCCAACUCCCUCACCUAGUGCCGGACAGUUUGAAUCCCCAACUCCCUCACCCAGUGCUGGACAGUUUGGAUCCCCAACUCCCUCACCUAGUGCUGGACAGUUUGGAUCCCCAACUCCCUCACCUAGUGCCGGACAGUUUGGAUCUCCAACUCCUGGUUCUAGUCAGCCAUGUGUCUCUGGGUGGUCCUCGUGGAUAAAUGAACAUGUGUCUCUGGGUGGUCCUCGUGGAUAA